GCGGAGCCGGAGGGGCGCGGCGGACGCAGAGCGAGUGCAGGCGCCGCCGUCGCCCCCCAGCAUCCGGGGUCUGUCCCUUUGUGCGCGUCGCGUCACGCCCCGUUGCCGUGGCUGCCGUCGCACCGCUGGAGCAGGAAGAGACGGAGGGGGGAAGCACCGUGGAAAACGUCGCCCGCCCGCCCGCCCGCUCCGCCGCCGCCUCAUGCCGUGGCGCCGUCCUGCCGCCGGCCCAGGGACCUGUAUGGCCGGGCAUGGGAAGCGCUGUGCCUUCCCGCGCCCCCAGGGCUGAGGCGUCGCUCGCCGCUCUGCGGCGGCUGCUCGCCGCACUCGGGCUGCUGCUGCUGGGCGCAGGUGAUUGUGAGCUGCACACAUCUUGUGGAAUCCAGAAGUGCACCACUGAUUUUGUAUCCUUUACUUCACAUUUAAAUGCAGCUCUUGAGGACUUUGAUUUGGAAUUCUGCAAGGCCCUGCGGGCAUAUUCUGUGUGUACCUAUCGCAAUUCCAAAGUAUGCCGUGGAAACCUAGUCUACCAUUCUGCAGUGCUUGGGAUCAGUGAUCUCAUGGCCCAGAGAAACUGUACCAAAAAUGGACCUACAUCCUCCACCAACUCUGAAAUGACCCAUGAUCCUUGCAAUUACAGUGGCCACACCGAAGAGAGAGAACAUCAGGGGGGAGAGAAGACACCUCCUCCUACUUAUCUGUUUUGUGGCUUGUUUGGCGAUCCUCACCUGAGGACUUUUAAGGAUCACUUCCAGACAUGCAAAGUGGAAGGCGCUUGGCCCCUCAUAGACAAUAAAUACUUAUCAGUGCAAGUGACCAGUGUACCUGUGGUCCCAGGAUCCAGCGCUACUGCUACAAACAAGAUAACUAUUAUCUUCAAAUCAUACCAAGACUGUACAGAUCAGAAAGUAUAUCAAGCAAUGACUGAUGACUUGCCUGCAGCUUUUGUUGAUGGUACAACAAGUGGAGGAGAUGAGAACACCAGGAGCUUGCACAUUGUGGAGAAAGUCAGUGGCAAAUACAUUGAGAUGCAUGCAAGGUACAUCGGAACCACAGUGUAUAUCCGCCAGCUUGGGCACUACCUGACCCUGGCCAUUCGCAUGCCCCAGAAGUUGGUCAUGGCCUUUGAGGAGAGCCAGGAUCUGCAGCUGUGUGUGAACGGCUGCCCUUCCAGUGAACGUAUUGAUCAGAGUGGCCACUUGCCAUUGCCUGUGAUGGGAAAGCUGCUUCCUUGGGGUGCUGCAUCUCAUCCCCGAUCAGGGUACACACUGGAAACAGCCACCACCAAAUGCCAUGAGAAGAUGCUUGUGAAGGACAUAUAUUUUUACUCAUGUGUAUUUGAUCUACUCACCACUGGUGAUGACAACUUCACAGCUGCUGCUCACAGUGCCUUGCAGGAUGUGGAGGCACUGCACCCCAGCAAAGAGCACUGGCAUAUCUUUCCCAGGAGUGGAGAUGAUAGUGUGGGCAGGGAUAGCAAAUUUUUUGUCAGUCUUGGACUUCUGUGCUUGAUCCUUGUUGCAUAUUUGUACGAUUUUUUUUUUUAGACUCUUAACAAAAUUUUGAAAAAUAUAUUGUCAUAAUAUAUUGAGUUAAGAGGAAUAUAUAUGUAUAUACCAUGUAUAUGAAGGGAUGUUUUGUCUUGGGGCAUCAAUCAGAUAGGAUGUUAACUGUUUUUAUGUAUGUUUGAUUCAGUAUUCUAUGUAUCUAUUUGUUUUACAGUUGUUGAAAAGUUUUAUAGUGUCCCUGCAAUGAGACCUGAUAAAAAAGCACUUUACUUUUCACACAUUAAAUAUAUCUCAGUAACUAUGUGUUAUACAUAAAAUACUCAAUGCUUUCUCUUCUCUAAGUACUGCUUGGUUUAACACGUUUUUUUAAACUGAAUUAACUUGUGGGUUUUCCCAAGAGACCUUUAGUUAAUGCCAAACAUGUAUAUUUUGAAGCCAGUGAAUGGUCUCUGGAGAGAGCUUAAACUUAGAGGGAACACCUUUUUUUUUUUUCUUUUUUUUUCUCCACAGGCCCUCCAAUAGUCUGUAUUCUAGAAGGCUACAGAUUUGUGUUAUUCUCAUGCUUGGAAACCCCACAAUGUAUCAAAUCUUUGCAAAAUGUUGUAGGUGUGGUUCAUUAGUUUACCAGUAAGUAUUUCUGAGUGUGUAAAAGAGUGGCUGUGCAGUGUGUAAAUAUUAGAAAUUGUUAUAAUAGAAGAACAGUUGUCGUGUCCUGUCCCUGCCCCUACUGAGGAACAUCAGUAAGGUAGUAUAAGUGACCCCUGGUGGGGUGCACAGAAAUUUGAGAUAUAGACCAACAUACUGGGCAGGUAAUCUAUAAACAAAUUCUUAGUUUGUCUCCUAGCCAAAUAGGAUGGAUAGGAUAUUGGAUAGCUAAGUACUGAAUACAGUUGUUAUACUUCUUGCUGAUGUUUGUUUUCCUCUGCUAUAUAAGAUGUGUAAAUUUAUGACCAGCAGCUGCAAACCAGGCCAGUUUAUUGAAAGAGAUGAGGAAACUAAGAUGAGGAACCAUUCCUUCAGGAUCAACAACUCCCAGUUGUACAGUUCCUUCGUAGUGUUUGCAGAGAUAACUACAAGAAUUUUAACACAGGGAUCUGUGUUACUGCUGCAUCCCUCCUGAGAGACAUUAUAAAAAUCCUCUUUUCAAGUUAUUGGAGAACUCUCAGACCAGAAGAACCCCAGAACAGAAAAUUAUUUUCUGUAAAACUAAAGAAGAGGUGGGGAAAUUUGAAUAACUGAUACAGAAAAGUGGACAAGAUAACAGAACUUAGUGUAACAAGAUCAUCUGCUAAAUAUAUUGGAGUAUUUCAGCUGAAAGGCUAAUCACACAGUGUGAAGGUAAAUUGAAAGUGCCAAAACUUAAAAAAAGUUAUGUCAGAUACAUACAAAGAAAUACAGACCUAAUAAACCUAAUCACAACUGUGAAUGUUGCUUUACUAAGCUUGUAUAUUACAACUGGAAGUUGAGGUGUUUGAGAAAUAAUCUUAUCUUGAAGAUGUAUCAGUGAAAUGAGUUGUGGAAAUUCCCGUAGAAGGCAAAAGGAGCUUUAAAUAUGUAUACAUUUACUGUACACAGAAGGCAGCUGUCAUACCUGUAGGAGCUCACUCACAGGUGUCAGUCUAACAGCACAAACUCUGUAGAAGGCUAUGUAAUGUGAUCAUCAGUAUUUUAAUGCAACAACCAGUCAGCCAUUACUGAUGCUAUCUGUUUGCUGGCCUUUGUCUUAAGCUACUCUUGGAUAUUAGUGGCUUACUCAAAAGGGUUUUUAAAUAUCUUCUAGAACACUCCUAACCAUUUGCUAACAGAGCUUCUAACAACAGAUGAUGAUACUUCUUUGUAGUUGUGGAGUCUGACAACUUCCUUAGUAAGUAUGUUGCAGGACUGGCAGAGACUGUAUGCCUAAUCCUUUAUUUUGUGUGUACAGAAGGCUCCUAAACAAGAGUAUUAUUAGAAGAAAUAGUAGGUUCAAUUGCCUGUCAAACUAAAAAUUAUUUUUUUCUUCCUAUCCGGAAAGACUGUCCAGAAGAAAAAUGUGUAUACAGCAUCUGUUAAGUGGAAUACAACCGGAGAGUACAACCUUUUGUUCUUAUGGGUCAAGUUGCAGACCUUCAGUAUUGCAUUUCCUUUCAGAUUACUGCUGUACUGCCAGAAAAUAGAAUACCAGUUAUUUACAUUCUCCUACUUUAGCAUUAUGAAUACUAUGCAUUUGUUUUAUGAAUUUUGAGGCUGUGCCAGUGUCUGUUUACUUAUAUACACUUCAAAGUGAAGCAAGCAAUUCUGCAAGCUUUGUACUGCCUAAUGAGAGUUUCAUUAGUGGACAUGUUUUGAUAAAAAAGCCUAGGAGUGUCAUGGCUUUCUUCUCUUCUGAGAAGAGACAGAGCACAGUUUAAAAUAUUGCAUUCAUUUUCUUCAUUUAGGUACAGCUAUUGUCUUUUACACUGAAAUUUUCAUGCUUUGGUUAUUUAAUGCCCAUCUGUGUCUUGACUGAUACAAAUUCUUUCCUGUCUUUCCCUGUUCUAGCUAUACAAUAUCCAAACAGGACUAGUUACAAUUCCCUUUUUUUUUUAGCAGGUAUUCUGUGUUUUUUGCAAGGUAAGCAUUCUCUGUAUUGUGCUGCUACUUCUCUUCAACUGUUUUCAAAACAAACAGAGAUUGUGGGGAUCAGUGUUGUCCAUUAGAUUUUAUAGUUCUCAUGAAUUGCCUUGUUAUGGAGAGCAACAUAGCUACAGAGCAAGUACAAGUAUGCUGGUAAAUUUGUGAUGCUGAUGUAAAACAGCUGCAUCUGAUCUGAUUCAGAAUUCUUUAUAUUUGUAACUGAACUUUGGAAACAUUAAAAGCUGCUAUUACUAAAUUAACUGUAAACAGUAAGAUUGAUUACAGACUUUGUGGAGGGGUAUAUGUAAGAGCUCAUUAACUAGAUAUAAAAAAAGUGUCAUACGGGGUGUGCCAAUACCUUAUUUAGAGGAAUAUUUUACACUUAUUUUACAAUUACAUUAUUACAUUUCCAUUCUUUUACAAUUAUUUUAAAGCUUAAUGUCCACUUCUGUCUACACUGUAACAAUAGAAGAAUAUUUAUUUAUGUACGCAAAAUAUGUACAUGUCAUUGAUUCAGCAUGUGCAGAGGGCUGGAUCUACAGAAGUUUUGUAUGUCUAGUUAGUGUGUAAAGUAUCUAAAUCCAAAAUUAAGACACACAAUAAAGCCUUUUCAUCUUGAACCCACCCAGAUGUUUCUCUGGGAUCUCUAAUUAUUUUCUUAGUCCAGUGAGCCCCCUUAAAGAAUCUGUGUUUUGCUGCUGAGCAGAGAAAAUGAAACCAGUCUUGAGAGCUGCACCUGCACCCAGCCAGUUACAUGUUGGUCAUCUGCCUGGUUUACUUGCAGGACCUUCUGGGCAAGUUUGACUUGCUCACUCAUGUUUGGCAGGUGAUGGUGGAGUUGUUUAGAGUAUAGUGGUGAUGAGCAUUCUGCUGGAGUUUGGGAGAGGCAAGUUGAAAUUCCUCUUCUGCCUUGCUCUUUCACAUCUUGUGAGUAAUAGUUGGGUGCUAUUAUUGAAUAAACAUAAUUUUGUAGUAUUACAGGGAGAUAACUUUACCCAGACUUAGGUCCAGAGGUCUUAAGUGGCUCAAAAGAGACUGGAGGCAUACUUCAGCACUUGAGACGUAUUUCACCUAAAUUCGGCAAACUAAACCUGUAAGCUACUUUACUACUGUAAGCUACAACUACAUUUGGUGGAGUGCAUGGCAACAUUUUAGAUUGGAUCAAAUUAUCUUCUGGAAAUGCCUAUUGUUAUUGUCCAGGAGAGGAGGAAACAGCUAUUUUAAGUAGCUGAAGUCGGGUGAAACUAGUCCAGUCCUGAUGGGUACAUUUUAAAUUCCUGCCUAGGUUCACACCCAGGGACAACCUAUGUUCACUAGAGACGAGACACCUGACCCAGCACUUCCUGCACAGCUCCUUGUCUCCCAGACCUGGCUGAUGGAGACACCUUGGUAUGGGAAAGUUUCACACCAGACCUAGGUCUUGCCUGUAGUCUAAAACCUUCAAUGUUUGAUUAUCUUGAAAGGAGAACUGAAGAAGGCAACAAGGCCACCCCAUGCUUGUUGUACUGGCCCGUUCUCCCAAAGCACUCUGUGCGUCAAGGGUGGAAAAGAGAAAUGAAGAAGCUGAUGUCAUCAUGCUAGUGAAUGAUGUACAGUAUAUAACAAGUGUGCAGAGGAACAAGGGCUGCAUUUUCUAAUUAAAGGAUUUUAUCUUUUAGGCUCUUCUUGGAUGUGUCCUUGCUGCCAUUACCAUUCAAAUGUUUUACAGAAAGCAAAACAGUUUCAACAGCUGAGGCUGGCAAAAACCUUACAUACACUGAAGCCGUAUUAUUUAUGUAUUUGACUAGAAAGUAAGAGGUGUUUGUUUGAAUCCCCACUCCAAAUUGUGUGAAAGAGAUGUGUAAACAAAGGUUUCUUGCCUGCUUGGGUGACUGCAAUAGUUAUCCUACUGGGCUUACCAUUUUUAUCUGACCUUGAUAAAAGAGCAAGUUGCUGUCCUUUCUCAGGAAAAAUGCUCUGAUUGGAAGUGUAUGAGACCUGCAUUCAAAGAGUAUAUUGGAUUGAAACUACUCCCACUUUCUAUAGGUGGAGUAUGUCAGAGGAAUAACUUUCUCUAACACUGUCUGUCUGUAGAGACAUCUCAGUGGUGGCAAACCCAUGUGGGCAGGCCAAGUUUAAAAAUCACAUCACCAUCUCUGAUGCCAUCUCUAAUCCCUUACUUCUGACCUUUGUACUGCCAGUGGUCUGGCAUGACCUGCCUUCAUCUAGUUCUUCUUCCUUCUAGUGCUGCCAGUCAUCACUCACUAGCUUGCCUAAAACACCAUGAACAAAUUCUCUGUAAAAAUAAUAAGUGAGCUGAUACUCAGCCAUGAGAGAGAACUGUUACCAAAACAGGCUUUUUGGGAGGGGAAAAAAAUUAUAAUGCUUUAGCAAUUAUAAAUCCUGUAAAAAUACCCUAAUCACUUAAAUUGUGCCUUGCACAGUAGUGUUUGGGAUUCUUUGCAAUGCUACCAUUUCAGAUUUUUUUUUUUGUUUUAAUGUGCGUGUAAAAAAGUAAAAGUCUCACCUUCUUGCCCAAAAAAACCUCUCCUGUAGAAAAGCAGAUUGGGUUAAUGUGAUAAAUAGGUGUGAUUCAUGCUGACAAAAUUGAAACAGUAAUCAAUAUUGAUACAGUAAUUAAUAUUUGGAGAUAACAAAACGGUUUAGAAGUCUAAUACCAGGA